AUGGCCGGUACCACGGAGAAGAUGGACAAUGUCCAGAUCGAGGAUGCUACCCUCAGCGAGCCCACCGUACUGGCGGCCCGGGCCCAAGAGGCUGUUGAAGCGCAGCAUGCCAUUACCCUGAAGGAGGCUCUGCGUGCCUAUCCCAUGGCUAUCUUCUGGAGUUUGAUGGUGUCCAUGUGUGUCAUUAUGGAAGGUUACGACACAAUCCUGAUAGGCAACUUUUACGCCUACCCCCAAUUUGCCAAGAAGUACGGCCAGUAUAUCGAUGAUAACGGCAAGCAUCAACUGUCAGCUCCGUGGCAAGCUGGUCUCAGUAACGCCAGCGGUGUCGGCUGCUUCAUUGGCGUCCUUCUCAACGGUUACCUCGUCGCCAAAUUUGGUCAGAAGAGGAUCCUCAUCAUCUCGCUGUUUGUGCUGUCGGCCUUUAUCUUUAUGACCUUCUUCGCCCACAGCAUCGUCAUCCUCAUGAUCGGUCAGUUCUUCUGCGGCCUCCCCUGGGGCGUCUUCGCCACGUCGGCGCCAGCCUACGCUUCCGAGGUUCUGCCCAUGAGCCUCCGCGUCUAUCUCACGAGCUGGACCAACAUGUGCUUCAUUAUCGGCCAGCUUAUUGCUGCGGGCGUGCUCGCAGGCCUCGUCGACCGGCCCGACGAGUGGGCGUACCGUAUUCCCUUUGCUCUGCAGUGGACGUGGCCCGCCUUCCUGAUCCCCAUCCUCAGCUUUGCGCCCGAGUCGCCCUGGCACCUGGUUCGCAUGGGUCGCCUCGAGGAUGCCGAGAAGUCGCUGCGCCGCCUGCAGCGCGACGACGUGACGGACGGGUCGUCCAAGUUCAGCGUCAAGGCGACACUGGCUGAGAUUGUGCAUACCAACAAUGUCGAGAUCGAGCUCACAGCCGGCACGAGCUACUGGGACUGCUUCCGAGGUACCGAACUGCGCCGCACGGAGAUUGCGUGCGUGGCCUUUGCCGGACAGGUGCUCGCCGGCUCUUCAUUCGCCUACAACUCGACCUACUUCUUCCAGCAGGUCGGACUCGACACGGACCAGACGUAUUACCUCAACACGGGCGGCACAGCCAUGGCGCUCGUCGGUACGCUAGUCAACUGGUUCUGUCUCAUGCCUUAUUUUGGACGCCGGCGCAUCUACCUCUGCGGCAUGGCCACCAUGGCAACAGUGCUGUACAUUAUUGGCAUCCUCAAUGUCUGGACGGAUCGCAACUCGGUGGGCAUGGUGCAGGCAGUCUUGACGCUCGUGUGGACCUUUGUCUUCCAGCUGUCAGCGGGUCAACUAGGCUGGGCCAUCCCGGCCGAGAUUGGCUCGACGCGACUGAGGCAGAAGACGAUCUGCCUGGCGCGUAACUCGUACUAUGUCAUUUCGGUCAUCUCGCAGGUCUUGCAGCCGUACUUCAUGAACCCGGGCGAGCUGAACCUGCGUGGGUACACGGGAUUCAUCUGGGGGAGCACCGCGUUCGCUGUGUUUGUGUGGGCGUUCUUCCGUCUUCCCGAGUCCAAGGGCCGCACAUACGAGGAGCUGGACUACCUGUUCGCCCACCUCACGCCGACCAGGAAGUUUGGCUCGGCCAAGGCUGAGAUUUUUGGAGCCGAGGGUACGGAGGGCAAGAUGAUGGCUGAGUAG